AUGGCUAAACAAGACGUACCCACUCCUGUACAGCAGGAGAUCAGCAAGAACGAAGUCAACACAGUCGAAUCCGUCCACAAGCCCACAACACCAAAAGGCAAGGACAAAGCCGCCGAGCUCUUGGAGUCGAGUGAACGCAUCACCGUAACGCCCGAGGACAAUAAACGCAUCCUACGCAAGAUCGACCUCGUGAUUCUCCCCAUCCUGCUUUCCGUCUACUUUCUGCAGAGUCUGGACAAGACUACGCUUUCGUAUGCUUCGGUCUUCGGUCUCAUCAAAGAUGCGAACUUGGAUCCAGAUUCGGACCAGUACUCAUGGCUCGGUUCCAUCGUGUAUGUGGCCCAACUCGUCAUGCAGCCCAUCGUAGCGGUGCUGCUUGUCAAGCUUCCCAUUGGCAAGUUUACCGGCGUCAUGGUGUUCACUUGGGGGGUAGUCCUAUGUGGGAUGGCCGGAGCGACAACAUUCGCAGGCCUCAUGGCGACGAGGUUCUUACUGGGCGCGUUUGAGGCGGCUGUUGCUCCUGCAUUCAUCGCCAUCGUACAAAUGUGGUACAAGAGAUCCGAGCAGACGAACAGAAAUGCCGCAUGGUAUGCCAUGCUCGGUAUUGUCAAUAUCCUGGGCAGCUUGUUGUCGUAUGGCUUGGGCCACAUACACUCCGACCGUCUCCACUCAUACCAGAUCAUCUUCCUCUUCUGUGGCCUGCUCACUGUCGUCGUAUCGAUCUUCGUCUACAUCUUCAUGCCCGAUUCUCCCAUGGAGGCUCGGUUCCUCAACGGCGAGGAGAAACUCGUUGCGGUCGAGCGACUUCGGAUGAACCAAAUGGGCGUCGCGUCGCGCGUCUGGAAGUGGGACCAUGUGCUCGAGGCUUUUCUUGAUCUCAAAACCUGGUUGUGGUUCUCUAUGCUCACUGCCGUAUCUAUUCCCAGCGGCGGCAUCACCACUUUCGGACCACUCAUCAUCCAGUCCUUCGGCUUCGGUUCAUUUGCCACCAUUCUCUUCAAUAUGCCUUUUGGUGCGGUGCAAAUAAUUGCGACGCUCGGCGGCGCAUGGCUUGCCACCAGGCUGAAGAAGAAGGCGCCGGUUCUGAUCCUCCUGUGCAUCCCGCCUAUUAUCGGCAUCAUCAUCCUUAUGGUCGUUGGCCGCGAGAAGGAACACCGUGGCGUACUGCUGGUCGGAUACUAUCUGACGUCGUUCUACCCAGGUAUCUCGCCGCUGAUAUACUCGUGGUCGGGCCAGAAUACCGGCGGUGACACGAAGAGGAAGGUUACGACCAGCAUCCUGUUCGUCGGUGCGAGCGCUGGCAACAUCAUCGGCCCGCAUCUCUUCAAACCUUCGGAGAAACCGCGCUACUCACGGGGGUUGCGCGCAAACCUUGCCCUCUUCAUCGCUAUUGUUGUGCUGGUCGUUUUGGCCGUCUUCUGGAUCACGAUACUGAACCGCAAGCACGGGGCUGCCCGUGAGCGGCUGGGCAAAGCAGCGAAGAUUGUGGAUUUAAGUAUGGAGACUAGUCGGCAGAUGGCGGACGCAGGCGAGACGGCGAAUGUGAGCGAGGGCGGUGUUGGUGACAAGGCGUUCGACGAUAUCACGGAUGUGAAGAAUGAGGACUUCAUCUAUCUGUAUUGA